CGUUUGAAAGAGGGCGCUACAUGAGACAAGUCUCGUGAGUUGUCGUAUUACUCAGACACUCUGAAUUAGUUUACAGCACCAAAAGACACACGAAGACAAGUAAGUCACGAUGCGUCUGCUAGAAAUCGCCACGGGCAUUGCCGCCUUGCUAGGCGCAGUCCAUGCCGAAGUAAAGCAGCUUCCGUUGCCCACGAGUUGCAGCGGUGUUUCGAACCAACGGUUCCCGGGGACAGUGGCGUCGGGAUGGUCGGUGAUGAAGAUCGCCGGCGGACUUAGGGGCGUGAGGACGGUGACUUGGGACAUCAAUGGCCACAUGUUGGUCGCGGAGGCCGGCAAGGGCAUCUCGGUCCACACGUUCGGCGACAACGGGUGCAUCAAUCAAACGAGCACGCUCAUCAGCAACGUGCAGCUGAACCACGGCCUUGCCCUAACGCCCGACAGUAAGACGCUGUACGCGAGCGGUGAGCGGACCGUCUGGUCGUGGACCUACGACCCCGUUGCCAAGACAGUCAGUAACCAGAAAGCUGUCGUCACUGGCAUAGACUCCGGUAUUCACUCGACUCGGAACGUCAUGGUAGUCAAAUCGCAGCCCAACCUGAUCCUCGUCCAGGUUGGAUCCAACUCCAACCUUGACAUGCAGUCGGCGCAGCCUUCAACGGGGCGCGCCAUCAUCAAGAUCUUCGACAUUAGCAAGGCACCCUCGAGCGGGUACGCCUACAAGACGGGUGGCGAGGUAUUUGCUUAUGGCCUGAGGAACGAGAUCGGCUUCGUCCAAGACCCAGCUGGCAUAGUAUGGGGCGUCGAGAACAGCGGCGAUGACUUCAGACUUAACGGCCAGGACAUUCACACCGAUAAUCCCGCCGAGAAGCUAAACAACCUCGGCGACCCCCUGACAGACCGCAACAACUGGUACGGGUACCCAACCUGCUUCACAGUCUGGGGCCCCACGAACGGGAUGAAGACAGGGCAGCAAUUCAUGCUCGCGGCCGGCAACGGGGUCACCAGCCACGCCGACUGCGAGAGCAAGUCGAAGCCUCCGCGCCUCACCUUCCAGGCUCACAGCGCGCCCAUCUGGAACGCCUUCGACACCAACGCGACCAACAUGUACGUGACAUUCCACGGGUCGUGGGACCGCCAGCCGCCGACGGGAUUCAAGGUGGUCGAGGUGCCGUUUACGCGACUAUCGAGCGGCGCCUACGACCCGGUAGCACCCGCCAGCAGUCAGUCGGGCUACAAGGACAUCUUUUCUGCGCCGAACCCGGGCGGGUGCACUGCGAACGGCCUGACCAAUAGUAACUGCAUCAGACUCACCGCUGCUGCUUGGGACCCGGCCGGACGAGGUCUCUUCGUAGGAAGUGAUAAUGCCGCCGAGGGCGAGAUCCUCAUUCUAUCCAAGAAGUGAUGACAUUACCCGCCCCCCUCGAACAUCAAAGGCAAGACUUGUUCAUUCUAUCUAGAGACAGAGAGAGGUUCGGCGAUCUAGUCGUUUCGUGGUAGUCUAUUCGUAGUUUGGAUGUUC